AUUUACAGGCACCACAAGGCUUUUGAGAUUGCAACGAGCUUGUGAAUGAAGUGAAUCCAGCAGAACUGGGGCCGCAGUAUCUGUUUUAUUCUGUAUCGUUGCCGUCUUUGUUUUCUGACAGAGAUACCAUCAGGACGAUUGUAAUCCCUUGUGGCUUGGGUUCCUGACUAUUUUAUAUAAGAAAAAGUUACUCAGCGAAAUGGACCCUCUUUUUCAUUCUGCGAGAGCCGUAUGUUGGAUAUAUGUGUUUGGGUCAUGUUUUCACUGAUCCCAAAUAAUCAAGUUUUCCUUAGAGACCUAUGGCAGUUGGAUCUAAGUAGUCCAGGCACAACUCCUGUUUCUGGAGGACAACCCAAGGGAUCCCACAUUCCUUACUUUAAUUCAUCUUGUGCACACGCCUGCUGUGGGGAGCGUGGGUCAUAUUCUUGCUGUGGUAGUAAAGCCUUUCAAGUGAGGAGCCACACAGUAAAGAGGAGGACAUUGGUCUUUCAUGCAUACACACAAGAAUUCAGAUGGGAUUAGAGUCCAAAUGGAGUUCCAGCAGCAGUCUAAGGAUCUUCACUAACAGGAUGCCUAGUUGUUGUUACUUAGUCUGCUGGGCCAUGCUAACCAUGGCAGCACUAGCUGCAGCAAGGCCACAGUUUAAGCCUGCUGAUAAUGGUGCAUCAGAAACUGAAGAGCUUCCAUCAAACUACCAAAUCUCUCAACCUGAAGUGCACACAGCGCAUCCAGGAGAUUUGCUUCAGUUGCAAUGUCCAUUGAAAGAGGAUGUACAGAGCAUCAGUUGGACUAAAGAUGGGGAACAGUUGGGGUACAGCAAUAAGACUUACAUAAUCAGAGAGUACUUGCAGAUUAGUGAUGCCACGCACGAGGAUUCGGGCCUCUAUGCUUGCACUGCAAUUAGACCAAUAGGCAGUGAUACAGUGUACUUCGUUGUAAACAUUACAGAUGCCAUUUCUUCAGGAGAUGAUGAAGAGGACAGUGAUGGGUCAGAAGAGACAGCCAAUGAUAGUAACAAGAUAAGUCCCCCAUACUGGACACAACCUAAUAAGAUGGAAAAGCAGUUGCAUGCAGUGCCAGCAGCCAACACUGUAAAGUUCCGCUGUCCAGCAGCAGGCAACCCAAAGCCAACUAUGCGAUGGUUAAAAAAUGGUCGUGAGUUCAAACCAGAGUAUCGAAUGGGUUCAUAUAAGAUUCGACCUCAGCACUGGAGCCUUAUUAUGGAAAGUGCUGUUCCAUCCGAUAAAGGGAACUAUACAUGUGUGAUAGAAAAUCUCUAUGGUUCCAUAAAUCAUACAUAUCACUUAGAUGUUGUGGAGCGGUCACCACACAGGCCUAUCCUGCAAGCAGGAUUACCAGCUAACAAAACUGUGUUGGUGGGGAGUGACGUGGAGUUUAUGUGUAAAGUGUUCAGUGAUGCCCAACCCCAUAUACAAUGGCUGAAACACGUUGAAAAGAAUGGCAGUAGAUAUGGUCCAGAUGGAUCCCCUUACGUCCAUGUCUUAAAGCAUUCGGGGAUAAAUAGUUCCAAUGCAGAAGUGCUGAAUCUAUACAAUGUGACUGAGGCGGACAGUGGAGAAUAUAUAUGUAAGGUCUCCAAUUAUAUUGGAGCCGUCAAUCAGUCUGCUUGGCUCACUGUUGCUCAAUUCUCCCCAAAAGGUAACACUUUACAGGACACACAUUACAAAGCUCUGCCCAUGACUGCCGGUGUUAAUACUACGGACAAAGAAAUUGAGGUUCUCUAUUUACGGAAUGUAACUUUUGAGGAUGCUGGGGAAUAUACAUGCUUGGCUGGUAAUUCUAUUGGGAUUUCACAUCACUCUGCAUGGUUGACAGUUGAGUCAGUUCCUGAAGACAAACCAAAAGGGUUGACCUCUCCUGACUAUCUGGAAAUAGCUAUCUAUUGCAUUGGUGUUUUUGUUAUCGCUUGUAUGGUGGUGACGGUUAUUAUUUGCCGAAUGAAGAACACAACAAAGAAGCCUGAUUUUAAUGCCCAGCCGACGGUGCACAAGCUGACCAAACGCAUCCCUCUGCGCAGACAGGUAACAGUUUCUGCUGACUCCAGCUCCUCAAUGAGUUCAAAUACUCCUCUGGUGCGGAUCACCACCCGACUCUCAUCUACAGAUGCACCAGUGCUAGCUGGAGUUUCAGAAUAUGAACUUCCAGAGGAUCCAAAAUGGGAGUUUUCACGGGACAAGCUGACACUUGGCAAACCCCUUGGGGAAGGCUGCUUUGGACAAGUUGUGAUGGCAGAGGCUGUAGGAGUUGACAAAGAUAAGCCAAAAGAACCACUCACUGUGGCUGUGAAGAUGCUCAAAGAUGAUGCCACAGAAAAAGACCUCUCCGACCUUGUUUCUGAGAUGGAAAUGAUGAAAAUGAUUGGAAAGCACAAGAACAUCAUCAACCUGCUAGGAGCCUGCACGCAAGAUGGCCCAUUGUAUGUCAUUGUAGAAUUCACAGCAAAAGGCAACCUGCGCGAGUAUCUGCGUGCACGGCGUCCCCCUGGUAUGGAAUAUACAUUUGAUAUAAACCGUGUAUCUGAUGAACAGUUAACAUUCAAAGACCUUGUAUCCUGCACUUAUCAAGUGGCAAGGGGCAUGGAAUACUUGGCUUCACAAAAGUGCAUUCAUCGAGACUUGGCAGCUAGGAAUGUUCUCGUUACAGAAAACAAUGUGAUGAAAAUAGCAGAUUUUGGGCUGGCAAGAGAUGUCCACAAUAUUGACUACUACAAAAAGACAACAAAUGGUCGACUGCCAGUUAAGUGGAUGGCUCCUGAAGCUCUCUUUGACAGAGUUUACACCCACCAAAGUGACGUAUGGUCAUUCGGUGUGUUGAUGUGGGAAAUCUUUACCUUGGGAGGAUCUCCAUAUCCAGGCAUUCCUGUUGAAGAACUUUUCAAACUACUUAAGGAAGGUCACAGGAUGGACAAACCAGCCAACUGUACCAAUGACCUGUACAUGAUGAUGCGAGAUUGCUGGCAUGCUAUCCCUUCACAACGACCAACCUUUAAACAGCUGGUUGAAGAUUUGGACCGAAUUCUCACUUUAACAUCCAGUGCGGACUAUUUGGACCUCUCUGCACCUCUAGAACAGUAUUCACCCAGUUAUCCUGAUACAAGGAGUUCCUGCUCAUCAGGAGAUGACUCUGUGUUCUCUGACCCUAUGCCCAAUGAGCCAUGUCUUUCAAAAUAUCAACAGCACAUGAAUGGUACUGUUAAAACAUGAUUGAACAAGCCAUCACUUGCCAAAUUGACUUUAACUGUGGCCUUCCCUGUUUUACAAACGUCUUCAAGGAACUUGGGCUCCAGAAUGGAAUAUUGGUUUGGUAUGGUUAUGAUGGAAAUGAUACAAUGCAAGGAUUGGAACAGGCUGUUCAUGAAGAAAUGUGCAGCCAAAUAUAUUUUGUUGCAAAAGAAGAUAGUAUAAGUCUUAAGACCAAAACUUUUCUUUGGUGACCAGUCCCAUUUUCAUUCCAUUAAAAACUGACAAGUUGGACUUUGGGCAGAUCUUGAAGUAGGAGGUUCUGUCUAGAUUGUUAAUUUUGUAAUAUUGGAAAAUUUAUCCAGCAUGGAACUUCAGAGUCAAAAUAUGUGCUGGCUGUAUUUGUAAAUAUACCCAAAUAUGUAUAAAUAUAUAUUAUAUAUAUAUAUAUAUAUUUACAGUGAAUUAUUUUUUGUAUGGAUAUAAAGGUGAUUCUAUUGCAACCAGAAAAUGAAAGCAACUUUUGUUAAAUAGCUAACCGCUUUUGAAAACUGCUUCUGCAGAAAUUCCUAGCACUUCAGUUUAGAAACAUUUUCAAGACACUUAAAAUAUUCUUUGUUUUCAGGGAAUAAUAAUUUAUUUAACUGAUUUGGUAUUUAACAGCAACAGUUAAAACAAUUAAUCUUUGAUGUUUCUUGUAUUUUGUGUGGCUUUUGCUAGACAGCACAUAGACUGACUUGUAAAGCACAAUGGAAUGGUUGUUUCCAUGGCUCUGUUUAUGUAGCUGACUGUCCAGAAAAGUGUUAUGUUCGGAAGCAGCAAAUAGGUUUUCAGUUGAGAUUUUGCACAGGGAUAACAUGUCAUAUUAAUGCUUCCAAAUUUUGUCCUCUAUUGGGUUUGAACACAAACUAUUGUACAAAUGUAGUGAUCUAUCAAGGACAUUAAUCCACAUGACAUGGUCACAAUUGCUUGCUUUUCCUACACUAUGAUAAUGGUGAAAAGGGUUGGGGGCAGGGGAAAAUUGGGUAAUGAGAGUGAUCUCCUCAUUCCUUCUUCAAGCACAAUUUUGUCCUUGCCAAUGCCAUUUGCCCCUUGCUCGCCCAGUCAAUACUGGUGGUGGUGGUGCAUUAACACGGGUGAGGUUACGUGGCCAUUUCCUUCCUUACUGCCACUGUCUCUGCCAUGCCCAGGGACAGUUUUAUAAUGUUGGUGGUAGGCCCUGAGGCAGUGACAGUUAGUUGCCAAAGUUCUUGAGUGGAGGAAGGCCUUGUGAAAGUUGCCUCACGCUUCCUAACUGCUCCAAAGACUUCACGAAAAGCCUUCUUUCCUGUUCAUGGUUCUUUGUCUCAUUCAACUGACUGGUUGCCUACUCACUUGCUGUUGCGGGUGACCUGCUUCAACAGCACCAUGAUUCUCCUUCUUGACAACAGUACGUUUGCCCGUGGUAUCAGGGGUCUUGCCAGGAGAGUGCUGUAGUUUUGAAUUGAUCCUAACACCAGUAUGGUUUAAGGAUUAUGGCAGGUGCAUAGCUGCAGAUACAGAGAUCCCUCCCUGCUUUGGUCCUAUUUUGCACAUUAGAUAACAAAACCUGCAAGUUUUAUUCCAAUAGUCAUACCAUGGCCCAUAAAAUAUGAAAAGGCUAUUACAAUUAGCAUUUUUUCAUAAAUUACAAGAUGAAUGUCUAAAAUAUCACCAGAUAUUCAAAAGUACCUUGUCUAAUUAUCUGGCUAUAUGAUCUAAUCUCUUAUUAUACAUUUCCAAACAUGUAACCUAUUAACUGAAUGUUAAUGUGGUUUUCGUUUUUAAAUUUGAGAUGCAAGCUUGUACAACCUAGAUUAUCAAAAAAAUUAGCAAUUUUGUUAGAUGAAGUAAUAAGGUCUAAAAAUGUUCCCUUUUGAAAUGCCAAUUAUUCAUGGACACAAAUAUUGUUAAAAUUUAGAGCCAGUUGUGAAUUAAAAACAAAAUCAAUCUGACUUGAUAAAAUUAUAAACACUUAAUAAUUUCUUUGUAUGCCUGACAGGACUGUGUUGAUAUUGCUUGGCAUUGUAUUGUAAUACAUUUAAUCUGACUUAUGAGCAUGUUAACUGGCUAUCCAGGGCACAUUCUGUUCUAUUUUAUUAAAUAUGAUGCAGUAUCAGAUAUGAAUGUUAGAAGGUCGUUCAUGUGCCCUAACUAAUUACCUCCAUUGUUCUUUCAGUAUUAUAAUUUCCCAAGAAAUUUGUUUUAUUGCAUCAGAAAUAUAUGGUCAUUUUAUUACCUCCAGUAAUGAGCGUGAGCUUUCCAAUUGAUGCCAAAAUGAUCAGUGAAGUAAGAAUAUCUUUGCAGGUCGUCAGAUUUUUGAGAACACAACUUAUGUGACCUCAAUUGCCAGAAUGCACUCUCUUCCAUGUACUUGGGACCAAACAUACGACCUGCUGGGACCAAACAUACAAUAUGCCCUAUUCAAACUCUUAUAAUAUCUUUUAAAAAAGCUUUUGAUCUUACAUUCAUUUAUUAAAGUAAUACAUACUCUAAGGAUUUUCACAGCCAUACUCUAAAGGAUAUUCUGCUAAUUAUAGGGGACAAACAGUGGGUCAGAUUUCUGGAGUAGGAAAGCAAUUUAUGCUGAAAAAUAGACCUCUUUCAUUAGAUGUUUUAUACCCAUGUUUCCCCAGAAAAUAUGCUUCUUCCUUUCUGACAUUAAACUAGGUUUGAAGACAAUGGAAAAACAUUCAGUACUGUUUCACUUAGCUUGUUUAUCUAGCUAGCUUUUGUGUUUUUCUAUGUUCUAAAUAAUGUGGCAUUCAGCUUGAAUAACACUCACUUGUGAUUGCUGUGUGACCUAUUUAUAGAUCAAGAUUUAAAAGUGCACUUUAGCAAAAAUAAGCAAACAGCUGUCAAAAAUAGAUCUCCUUAGUCAGAAGAGGUUGCUGCACAUUACAGGUAUAGUCAUUUAGAUUAAACGUGAGCCAGUUGAUACAUUUUCAUACAUGACCGAGCAUGAUACUUGUUUAGUUAAGCUACAAAAGCUUGCCACUUCAGAUAAAACAGAAAUAUCACCAGUUCAAAAGAGUGAUGAAUAUUAUCCAACAUUUUCAUCCAAAUUAGUGUGUCAGAAUGGAAUAAGUAGAAGAAACAACAAUGCAAGAUUUGUUUGCCUGAAUUAAGAUACAUGUAGUAAUUAGAUGAUGUAAUAAGUUGUGAGGGACAGGAGGACCAGCAAGACCAAACUGUAAUAUAGCUGCUUUGCUUCCAUGAGAAAGUGCUUGGUUCACUCUUUUCUACAUUCCAGUACUUUGUAUAUUUUUAUAAAGCAUUUGCGAUCCUUUGUGUCAUAAUGUUGAGAUUUGUGCAUGAAUUUCAUACUACAAUGUACAUCUAAUUUAUUGAAUUUUUUUUUUACAAAAAUUUCUAUUUUGUUGUUACAGUUUUUCAAAUAGUUAAAAGCCUAGUUAAGGCUGUAAAUGAUUUGUUUAUAUGAAAGAUUUGCUUCUAUAUUAUACUGUUUUUUCCUAAAUACUGCUGGGCACAUUUCUAUUAAGCAAGAAGAAAAUGUAACCAAAAACUUUUACCUAGUUUAAUUUGCCUUUAAAAGCCAAGGGCCAUGCCCACUUAAUUUAAAUGUUUAUUUUUUUCCCUGAAGUGUUCUUGUAAAAUUGUUGACCGGCACGAAGGUAUUUAAAUGUUUUGUAUUUCAUUGAUGCUGAUUAUUUGAGAGAUCUUAAAGGAGACAAUAAAAUAUUCUAAACGCA